AUGUUGAGCACAUUGGGCCACUUCCUGCAAUCACAAUGGUCGACCACCCCGUACUACUCCUCCCCACCACCGGACCCCCUCCCUCCUCCCACACGUCCUCUCGCUUGGGCCGACACCGUCCUCCCUCCCCUCCUCCCUCCGGCACCUCUUCUCCCACCCCUCCCCACCCCGCUUCCGCCACCUUCAUCCGCCGACGUCUACGAUCCCACUGCUCCUGCCUCCCCCGCACACUCCACGGCUCCCCCUCCCCCCUCCCCUUCCCACUCCCCUCCUCAUCCAUCACAGCAGCAGCAGCAGCAGCAGCAGCAGCAGCAGCAGCAGCAGCAGCAGCAGCAGCAGCAGCAGCAGCAGCAGCAGCAGCAGCAGCAGCAGCAGCAGCAGCAGCAGCAGCAGCAGCAGCAGCAGCAGCAGCAGCAGCAGCAGCAGCAGCAGCAGCAGCAGCAGCAGCAGCAGCAGCAGCAGCAGCAGCAGCAGCAGCAGCAGCAGCAGCAGCAGCAGCAGCAGCAGCAGCAGCAGCAGCAGCAGCAGCAGCAGCAGCAGCAGCAAGCAGCACCAGCAGCAGCAGCAGCCGCAGCAGCCACAACAGCAACAGCAGCCGCAGCAGCAGCAGCAGGGGCAGCAGCCGCAGCAGCAGCAGGGGUUCCAGCAGCACCAGCAGCAGCAGCGGCGCAGGGCAAUUGCCCGCUCCUCACCCUUCCUCCUCCCUCGCAUGCACACCCGCUCCCUUGA